GCAGGUGGAACUAUUUAUUUUAACCAAAAUAAGUUGUUUUUAAACGUAUUUUGUAUUUCUAAAUUCAAUAUCAGACUCUUAAAAGUGAAAACGGUUUCAAAUCUUCUGUAGAGUUGAACAGGGUGGGAAACCUGCUGCUUUUCGCCUCUCUGGUUGGCUGGAGGCUCUGUCAAUCACCAGGCCCUGACGACUCAACAGCACCGCCCACAGACGCACAGCGGCAGCGCAGCACUCAACGACCAUGAUAUUCCAGGCACUUGCGGCUCGUCUGCAGCGACAGGAGAAAAGAGGAGAGAAAGGAGAGAAGCUCACCUCCUCAGGCAGCGAGUGAGGUCGGGAAAAGGAGACCCAGAGUAAGGAGGCGACGGAAAGAAGAGGAAGAAGAGAGAGAAAGACGAAGGACAGCGGCGGCUAAGACCUCCAGCUAGGAGUGUUUAAUUGUCUGCGCUUUUAUUCUCAAAGUGUUCAAACCCACACACAGAUUCGACAUGUCAUCGUCCGGCAAAGACAACAGCGGUGCCCAACACGCCAAUUACGUGGGACCUUACCGUUUGGAGAAGACGCUGGGCAAAGGACAGACGGGGCUGGUCAAACUCGGAGUCCACUGUGUCACAUGCCAGAAAGUCGCCAUAAAGAUUGUCAACCGAGAGAAACUCAGUGAGUCGGUACUGAUGAAGGUGGAGCGAGAAAUAGCCAUCCUCAAGCUCAUAGAACACCCACACGUUCUAAAGCUACAUGAUGUCUACGAAAAUAAAAAAUACUUGUACCUGGUGCUAGAACAUGUGUCCGGUGGUGAGUUGUUUGACUACUUAGUGAAGAAAGGCAGGCUAACACCCAAAGAGGCCAGGAAGUUCUUCAGACAGAUCAUGUCGGCGCUGGAUUUCUGCCACAGUCAUUCCAUAUGCCACAGGGAUCUGAAACCAGAGAACCUGUUGCUAGAUGAAAAGAACAACAUCAGGAUAGCAGACUUUGGCAUGGCCUCCCUCCAGGUUGGAGACAGUCUGCUGGAAACAAGCUGCGGGUCUCCACACUACGCCUGUCCAGAGGUCAUAAGGGGGGAGAAAUAUGAUGGGAGGAAAGCAGACGUCUGGAGCUGUGGGGUCAUUCUUUUUGCCCUGUUGGUGGGCGCCCUGCCUUUUGAUGAUGACAACCUGAGGAAUCUUCUGGAGAAGGUGAAGUUGGGGGUGUUUCACAUGCCACACUUCAUCCCUCCAGAUUGUCAGAAUCUUCUUCGUGGCAUGAUUGAAGUGGAUUCAGCCAAAAGACUAACGUUAGAACAAAUCCAGAAGCACACGUGGUACAUAGGAGGGAAGAAUGAACCAGAGCCGGAGCAGCCCGUGCCCAGGAAGGUGACCAUUCGCAGCCUGCCCUCUGCAGAUGAUAUUGACCCCGACGUACUGGACAGCAUGCACUCCCUGGGCUGCUUCAGAGACAAAAACAAGCUGCUAAAAGACCUUCUGUCAGAUGAUGAAAACCAAGAGAAGAUGAUCUACUUCCUGCUGCUGGAUCGUAAGGAGAGAUACCCAAGUCAGGAAGAUCAGAACCUUCCUCCUCGCAAUGAGAUUGAUCCUCCAAAGAAGCGAGUAGACGCUCCCAUGCAGAACCGUCUCGGUAUGAGGAGACCAGAGAGGAAAUCCAUGGAGGUGCUCAGUGUUACAGAUGGAGGCUCGCCUGUGCCAGCCAGGAGGGCCAUUGACAUGACACAGCAUGGACAGAGUAAAUCUGUGUACACUAAAAGCUUGGAUAUUCCUGAUGCCAGUCCAAAAUGCAACAAAGAAGGAAGGUCACGGUCUAUCAGCGGGGCCUCCUCUGGCCUCUCCACCAGCCCCCUCAGCAGCCCACGGGUUACCCCCCACCCCUCCCCUCGAGGCAGCCCCCUCCCUACCCCAAAGGGCACCCCAGUGCACACACCCAAGGACAGCCCGUCCGGGACGCCCACCUCAACGCCGCCGCCCAGCCCUUCCAUCGGGGGCAUGCCAUGGAGAACACGUCUCAACUCCAUCAAGAACAGCUUCCUGGGCUCGCCACGCUUUCACCGCAGGAAACUCCAAGUUCCCACCCAAGAGGAAAUGUCCAGCCUCACGCCAGAGUCUUCUCCAGAACUCGCCAAGAAAUCCUGGUUUGGUAACUUCAUUAACCUGGAGAAAGAAGAGCAGAUCUUCAUUGUUAUCAAAGACAAGCCUCUCAGCUCCAUCAAAGCAGACAUUGUUCAGGCUUUCCUCUCGAUCCCGAGCCUAAGCCACAGUGUGAUUUCUCAAACCAGUUUUCGAGCAGAGUACAAGUCCACGGCCGGCCCUACAGUCUUCCAGAAGCCGGUCAAAUUUCAGGUGGAUAUCACCUACACGGAGAGCGCAGCAGCCACCAAGGAGAACGGCAUCUACUCUGUCACCUUUACUCUGCUCUCAGGACCAAGCCGGCGCUUCAAACGAGUAGUGGAGACGAUUCAGAGCCAGUUGUUAAGCACACAUGACCAGCCUGGGGUCCAGCAGUUGUCUGGCAGCCCAAUGAGUAACUUCUUUGACGUAAUUAAACAACUUUUUUCAGACGAGAAGAACGGACAGGUGUUCUACCCCCCCGGCACACCCUACAACCGCUGCCCCUCAGCUAUGCACACCAGGAGGCACGAGCUGCAACUUAAUGACGCCAAAUACCCCGCUGUGGGGCAAGACAGAAUCAAGUUGUCGGGGGCGUCGACCAGGACACAAGAGGAGUCUUAAGCCCUUAAGUCAAGCUUGUGCUAUAAGCUAACGCAGUAUCACAGAGAGAAUAUUCUACUUGUACAUACGUCGAUUACAACAUAUUUUUGUAUCAGAUAAUUUUAUAUUGACAAAGUAAUAUAUAUUAGGAAAAAUUAUCCAAAAGAUUGUAUGGACAGCCAACAGCACCUUCAUCACUACCACACACUGCACCUCCACCCUCCGUCUCAUCACACCUCAGUUCCCACCAUCAUCAUCAACCAGUCUACCUGAUGCCGUCCUCACCUCCGGCCUCUGCUCUCUGUGUUUUCUUGUUUCCUUGCCACUAACCUGUGUGAUGACCUGACUUCUUUCUGAUACCAGGAAUUAUCCAGAAAACCUAUUAGGUUCUUCGUCCUGCUCCCUGCUCUGCUCCCUCCCUUCAGCCAACCUCCUCACCCCCCCCCCCAAGCACGAACGAGACGAGUGUUUGUUGAUGGAGGACUGCUUUCAGAGGUGCGCUCGGAAGUUGAGAGGGUUACCAUAGAAACGGAUCCUUCAUACAGACCUUCAUCUCCCUCUGUGCCCCUUGUACACCCAAGUAGCCACCAACGGAAGAUGCUGAAAAUACCCCUAGUGUACCCUUCCCAAAAACUCUCUCUCUCACACACACACAUCAUCCACAUCCACUUCAGUCAAACAGAUCGAGCUCCUCUUUCUUUUUAACUAUAAAAGUAAUUGUUCAAUUAGGAAAAAAUAACAUUUUACAAAAGGACUGUGAUCAACGGAAAACGAUUCACGCAUAUGCACCGAUAACUCUGGGAUGUAUUUUCUAAAACAAAUGAAAUAACAGCGACAAAAAGAAGACAACUGCGGAAAACUGUAAUGAACCAGUGAAGAUGAGGAUGAAGGUGGAUUUUUCUUUAAAAAAAAAAGAAAAAGAAAAAAAAGCUGAUGCAGAUGCUUGCUGGGUUGUAUUUGUUUGCUUCUCAAAUGUACUUUCUUUGUGGAACAGCAGGGUUAGUACAGUACAGUACAGUACAGUCUGAGCUGGUGAUUACAAAGAGGAUGGUGGUGUGAGCAGAACAGGGCAGAGGGUGGGUUUAUGGUGUCGGGGUGGGACGUGGGGGGGUGUUUGAAAUGAAUGAUCUAUUCUCUUGUACAGACUGAUAUCAUUUCUUAUGUAAAAAUUAAAAUGUCUAGUUGUGACACUAUCUAGAUCAAAUCAUAUAGGGUCAGGUUGGUGAACCUGCCUCUGCCUCAUACUGUAUUAUUAAACUACGCUAUGUUGUUUUGAUUUGAUUCUGUUUCGUUGAGUGACCAUGUCUGUCUUUGCCUCCAAAUAUCAAACAUUCCUGUCCCUGUUAUAUGCAGCACUUUGUCUUUGUUUUUGUUUUUUUAUUAUUAUUAUUUCCACCUCUCUCUUAGUCUUACUCACUGUACCAGCAGUAGGAGAAGAGGAACAAAACUUAGUGACAUGACAAAUGCAAUUGUAGAUAUUUUUGUACUUUUUCUCCUAAUUUAUUUGCAAAAGUCCAUCUAGCUGUUUGUUUUCCUAAUUUAUUGUUGACUGGCUAUUUAUAUGAACAAAUCUGCCAGGUCAGUUGAAUGUUAUUUAUUACCCUAUUGUGUGAUUGUAAACGGGGCCAUGUUUGAAGAAACACUUUUUGUUUUCUUUUCUUUUGUUCUGUGUGAAACAGAACUAUGUGAAUAUUGAUGUUUCGAAUUCUCCCAUUCCCCUCCCCUCUGUGACCAGGGGAGGAGAACUUGUGGGAACUCUUGAGAAAAAAAAACAACAACAACAAUUUACCAGUAAUUUAAGAAUGUAGACUUAGCCUCUUUUUGGAGAAGGAAUGUGCUCUUCUAUGGAUAUUUGUCAGGUUCAUAGUAUUCUAUGAGAAGAACACCACAGACUUCUUCUCUGUGUAAAUAGACAGACAGACACUGGGGUUGAUUGUCUUCUCAACUAUGCUGGGGAUUCCUGCUCUUUGCUUUUAGCUUGUAUUGCUGUGUGCAUGUCAAACACAAGCUUUUCUUUGCAUGGCUUUAGUGUUAAUGCUACAUGCCAGAUAUCACUCCUUCUCUUUAUCAGCCUUUAUCAGUUCUCCACAAAACAGUUCUAAUGUUUUAAAUAGGCAUUUGUCCCUUAUUUUCCUGCUCUCUGCUUCUUCCUUCCUUCUCUCUUUUUCUCUUCUUUUUAUUGUCCCUUAUCUGCUGUUGCACUUUGUUUGUACCUUUCUAUCUUGUGCACAAAGUUUUUAAACAAUGCUUCUCUGUCACUCUCCCUGGAAGGCUACAAGGUCUGGGCUGACUCUCUAGACACGGGGAGAGAAUAUCAGUUCUAUAAACAAAAAGCAAUACCCUAAUGUUCUUUUUCUUUUUUUUUCUUUCCUUUUUCUUUUUUGUAUUUGAUGCUAGCAGCACUGAGGACAUUUAAAGGUUAUAAGGCCCAAGGUGACAUACCAGAGCAGGAACAAUAUUGACUCAUGUAAUCCCCUUAUAACACAACUGUGAGCAUCUUCAAUGCUGAAACAAAUAAACUCAUUCAAUUACUGU